CACGCCUCUCGUGGUCGCUUUUCCCGCCUCCGCGGGGGCAAAGCUGGGUCCUGUGACAGUUGAGGAUGGCCGGAGCUGAGGGUCCCGGCGGGCGGCAGUCAGAACUGGAGCCCGUGGUAUCGCUGGUCGACGUCCUUGAGGAGGACGAGGAGUUGGAGAAUGAGGCGUGCGCCGUGCUGGGCGGCAGCGACUCCGAGAAGUGUUCCUACUCGCAGGGCUUUGUGAAGAGACAAGCACUGUAUGCCUGCAGUACCUGUACCCCAGAGGGAGAAGAACCAGCAGGCAUUUGCCUCGCUUGCAGUUAUGAAUGUCACGGAAGUCACAAACUCUUCGAGCUAUACACAAAAAGAAAUUUUUGUUGCGAUUGUGGAAACAGCAAGUUUAAAAAUUUGGAAUGCAAAUUAUUUCCUGACAAAGCAAAGAUAAAUUCUGGCAAUAAGUACAAUGACAACUUUUUUGGAUUGUAUUGCAUUUGCAAGAGACCUUAUCCUGAUCCUGAAGAUGAGGUUCCAGAUGAGAUGAUACAGUGCGUGGUCUGUGAAGACUGGUUCCAUGGAAGGCACCUCGGUGCCGCGCCCCCCGAGAGUGGGGACUUCCAGGAGAUGGUGUGCCAGGCCUGCAUGGCGCGCUGCUCUUUCCUGUGGGCCUAUGCGGCACAGCUGGCAGUAACCAAAUUGUCUGCUGAGGAUGAUGGGUUGGCUCUGAAUGUCGAUGGAGUAGGUGAUCAGGAAGUUUUCAAACCCGAAAAUGGAGGUCAUCAAGAUAGUAUCCUUAAAGAAGAUGUUGCAGAACAUGCAAAGGAUGCUGUCAAGGAAGUUAAAACGGAGCAGACGAAUGAACCAUGUACCAGCUCUAGUUCUGAAUCUAAUCUCCAGACAGUGUUUAAGAAUCAGUGUCUCAACCCAGAAUCACAGUCUGGCUGCAGACUUCAGGAGCUUAAAGUGAAGCAUUUCAUGAAGAAAGACACUGCCACCUAUUGGCCCCUGAACUGGCGCAGGAAGCUGUGUACCUGCAAAGAUUGUAUGAAAAUGUAUGGCGAUCUCGAUGUCCUGUUCCUGACAGAUGAAUGUGACACCGUGUUGGCUUAUGAAAACAAGGGCAAGGUUGACCAGGCAGCCGACAGGACAGACCCUCUAAUGGACACCCUCAACAGCAUGAACAGAGUCCAACAAGUGGAACUUAUUUGUGAAUAUAAUGAUUUGAAGACGGAACUGAAAGACUAUCUCAAGAGAUUUGCUGAUGAAGGAACAGUUGUAAAGAGAGAGGACAUCCAGCAGUUCUUUGAAGAAUUUCAGUCAAAGAAGAGAAGAAGAGUGGAUGGGAUGCAGUACUAUUGCAGCUAGAGCGGAGUGUGCGCCCUCGCGCCCAGGCCGGGGACAGUGCCACCUACUGUUCCAGGAAUAAAAGAGGCCUGUUUCACGGUCGCUCCUCUUCCCGUCUCUUUGGAGAGGCCUCCUCCCCUGACCCUGAGCUCCCUCACUCCUCGGCUGCAGUGGCCACAGCGUUUGUGCUGAUUUCACAACCAGCAUUCUCCUGACUCAGCCAGAAGCAGCUCGUUCCACAGACUUCAGCCCCCACAAUUCCCCGUGUCUACCCAGGGUUAUUUGCUUUUAACUUUUAAGAAGUUUCAUUUGGUUUUGAGAAAGUAAACUAGUUUCUCUUCUAAAUUUUCGGUGUUUAACUCCCGAAAGUGUCUACUCUGCCACAGAGCUGUUGUCUUCCAGGACCUGCUUUGGGGGCAUAUUCCCGUUGGUGAGAACCUCUUAGGUCCCCUCACCCCUAUGAUCGUGGUGCCUUGGCUCACAGCUUCCUCAAGCCUGAUCUGCUCCGUUUCUCACAUGCCUCCUUUCUGAGGCUUGGUCACUGCUUAGAAGGAUCUGGAAACUUGUUUCCUCUGGGCCCAUCCUCUGGAGUAGCCAGGACUGCUGGGUUUGUGGCCUGGAUGUCUGUUACGGGCGAGGAGACUGCCCGACGGCAGGACUGAGGAAGCCAAACUUUGAUACGAGUUUUACUAGUAAAUUUAAAGUGACCGUCUCGUUCACAGCUCUGCCGGCACUGGCACAUUCGGAUUCAGCACUGCCGUGCUCCCGGGGCUUCCUGAGUAAGCGCGCCAGCACAGGGCCCUCUUCUCCGCCUAGAAACCAGACCGGCACUGCCCCGGGAGACCUUGGUGGUUUACAGAGGCCUCUGGGUUUCUUUGUAUUAUCAGGGAUACUCUAAGCAUAUAUUAAAAACACCUAUUUUGAUAUUGUUCUGUUAUAAAAAUGUUAUUAGAAUCCCAAUAAAUUAUUUUUCCCUUUAAGUUGUGCUGAAGGAAAAAAGAUACUGGCUUAGCUUACUUGUAGUGAGCAGGGCAGCACAUGCCCUGUUUUGGAAGAGGCAGGGUGUGUGGAAGAUUCCAGACGAGACCCCAGGCUGCGCAGAUGAUGAGCUUUAUGUAUAUAAGUGUUAAUGCCCAUGGCUGGUUCCCUAAUGACUGGGAGAUGUUUUGAAGAACCUCGUGGAAUGUUUAAAACCCCGUAUUUGAAGGGAAGUCCUUGCAGCUGGUUUGAAAUCUUAAAGUCCCUCAGUCAAUGUGGAAAACACCUUUCGAUACAGUUGCACUCUCCCUCUAGAGGGAGGAGGCCUUUCUUGGCAAUAGAUGAUUCUUGGAGGUGUGUGACAAGUGUGUGAGACUGGGGCCACGAGUGUUUAAAAUACUCCUUUGUGUGUUCAGCAGCCACUUAGACAAGUACCCACCGAUCUCCGAAUGAGAUGAACGAGAACUAGUCUCCCAUCCUUUUCUGCGUCACGUCUAAUCACAGGUCCUCAUGAAGAGCCUCGUGUGGAGCUGGAAGUCCUACGUCCACAGGAGAUGCGCGCCUUUGGCUGGCCUUGUAGAGAAGGGGUCAGCCGCCUGGGUUGGAGGUCGGGGUGUCUUUGACAUGGAGUCUGCAGCUGGGGAACUCCUCCCAAGUAAGGAUUUCUGCACUUCCACACCCCCGAUCCCCCUGCAAGGUUGCUCAAGUAGUGGAUGGUUGUGGCCUGAAAAUGUGUACCUUCUCAAACGUUUGACUACCGGAAGUUCCUUCUUAGGACAGGUCAGGACCAGGUCUCAGAGGUGACGCACUGCUGAACCACAGUACCAAUCACCUGGUGCCGAAGGGCUUGUUUUAUGAAAGGUACUGUUCCUUCUUUUACAUUAACCAGAAAACCUCUUUUUUUACCUUUGUUCACAACUAGUUUUCUUAUUGACUGUAUGGGACCGUCUCUUCUUGUAGAGACUGAUUUUGGCCAACAUGUGGCAGUUAAUGCAUGUUUUAUGCAAAAGAAGAGUAUGAUAUUAGUUGCUUUUAAGGAAUUCUGGCAUUGUAUGUCCAUUUUUGUAGAAUUGUUACUGGACUUAUAAUUGCAUACUAAACUUCAAUCAGGUUUCUGUAAAAUUAAAUAAAACCAAUUCAAAAUA